AUGAAAAAACACGAAAUUGAAAAGCAAUGUGCUGACAUAACUAAAUCUCUAGAAGAAAGAAGAAGCUGUAUUAAGCAUCUUAAUACGUCGGAUCAAUCUGACAAACUUUUUAUUGAAUUAAAAGAGGCAGAGAAAAUAGUUGAACGCAGCCGUAGCGCAUUCCAGUUGUUAACUGUCUCCGAUAUCGAAGAAUACAAGUUUUUACCAAAUGGAGAAAUAAGAAAUCUGUUUGGACAGGAGAAAUCAAUAGGUAAAGUGAUACAGAAAUCAAUUAAUCCAAAUAUUCAAUAUCCAAAGUCACAGAAAAUGUUAUACAAAGGGGAAAUAUGUGUGAAGACACCACAAAACAAGCACGGUUGUUGUAUCACAGGUAUAGCUCUCAUUAACCCUGUUUAUCUUGUGAUAAGUGACCACGACAACAAGUCAAUUAAGAUGGUUGAAACACUUAGCCAAUCAAUCGUGGACGAACUACCACUUGAUGCUAACCCGUGGGAUGUAACAAUAGUUUCCAGUAGCAAAAUUGCUGUAACAAUUCCUAAUACCCAAACUAUUCAGUUUGCAAAAAUCUGCUCCGGCAAAUUGAAAAAGAUUAAUUCCAUCAUGGUAAAUGGACAUUGCCAAGGUUUGAGUUUUUUCCAAGGUAAACUUGUGGUCACCUUUAGCGAGCCUGCCAAACUUCAGAUUCUUGAAACAAAUGGCGAUAUACAAACAACUGUUUCAGGACAAAAUAUUUUCUGUUACCCUGAAUAUGUAGCAACGGAUAUGAAUAGCAUAUACAUAUCAGACUGGAAGCUGAAACAGGUAACGAGGCUAAAUUGGCAGGGCAAUGUAACUGGUGUUCUUUGUGACCUAGCUGAGCCUGGAGGAAUAGCGUUGACAGAAGAAGGGACUGUGUUUGUUGGUGACAAUAGCAAACAUAGUAUAGAGGAAAUAUCAGGACAGUGUGCAAAGAUACAAGCCGUUUUGAGGGACCCAAAGUGCGCGCGAGCUCUCUGUUGGUGCAAAGAAAAAAAUGUUCUAUAUUUCAGUAGUGAAGUUGCCCAAGUAAAUAAUUAUCUGCAAAUCUAUGUGCGAUCUUAA